AAUAAGCUAAUAUUUAAACCAAAAAGCUCUAAAAUAUAUGUAUACUUUUUUCAGAAAAGACAGGAUGCGAAAUUUUCUAUCAAAUAUCAAUUUCUCCAUAAACGUUUGAAAGCCAUAGACCGUGAUUUCGUUCUUUUUUAGUGCGCUAGAGGGCAGCAGCCCCCUGUCCAAUAUGCCAUUCAGCAAACGAAGAAGCCGAUUCCACCAGUGAAGUUACUGAAGCCUUUAUGACGACAGCGUGAAAGAAUGGCGAACGCGGGAAAUGAAAUCGCGUUUAAAAAGGAAACUGUUGCCAAACUUUUGACACGCUCUUUUAAGGAGGACAGAACAAAAGUCAGCAGUGAUGCUGUCAUACUCGUGGCGGAGAUGCUGAAAGUAUUUGUUGAAGAGGCGACACGCAGAGCUGUUAAACAGGCCAACAGUGAGGACUGUGACACCAUUGAUAUUGAGCACUUUGAAAAGAUUCUGCCACAACUGCUUCUUGACUUUUAGUUUUCCCAUGGAGCCAGCAGAUGGCAACGUAACCUAGUUCUGCUGAACACGAACAUCCUGGACUUCACUUUGCAUAUUUCCAAAUGUAGCAAUCUUAUUUAGACUGUGUGCAUGUAUUAAAUGUAUGACUAAUUUAAUAAAAAAAAAAUAAAUAAAUAAAAAAAACCUGU